GGUAACCAGUUUGUAACCUCUCAAGUAGAAAACGUGUUCUUCCCGGGGACAGUACAUUAUUUACACUCUUUGUAGACCACAAAAAACGGUCCAAAAUGAUGAACCAGGAUGAUCUCGUUUGGGGCAUCAUCAACAGGACGUUCUGUUCGUUUAAAGUCAACACAAAGGGCCAACAGUUUUGUAGGAAUGAGAACAAUUUGACUGGUCUCUGCUCCAGGUUGUCGUGCCCGUUGGCAAACAGCAAGUAUGCCACCGUUAGAGAGGAGGGUGGGAUCAUCUACCUUUAUUUGAAAACUGCCGAACGCGCUUGCUUUCCUGACAAACAAUGGGAGAGGGUCAAACUGUCGAGAAACUUUGACAAAGCGAUUCACCAGAUUAACGAAAACCUCCUUUUCUGGUCCAACUUCAUCCGGUCGAAAUGUAAACAGCGGUUUGUGAAGAUCACGCAAUAUUUGAUCCGUAUGAGAAAGCUCAGGCUGAGACGGCAGAAGAAGAUAGUACCACUCCAGAGGAAGAUUGAAAGGAGAACAAGACGCAGGGAAGAAAAGGCGCUGAUUGCUGCACAGCUUGAUUCGGCCAUCGAGAAGCAGCUCGUCGAGAGGUUGAAACAAGGAACGUAUGGAGACAUUUAUAAUUUCCCGCAAACCGUAUUUGACAAAGCCCUAGAAGCAGAGGAAAUAGAAAAAGACGACGAGAUGGAAGAAUCAGAAGAAAGCGAGGAUGAAACAGAAGUCGAGAAAGAGCUUGAAAUGGAGCUGAAUACAGAAGAUAAUGAAGAAGUCGACGAAUACAUUGAAGGCGAUAGUGAAGAUGAGUCUGACGAUGAAAGCGGCAUCAGAGAAAGAAUGGGCUCUGACUUCGAACUCUCCGAACACGAAAGCGACAUAGAGGACAUGGAAAAUCAAACGGAGACGUGCUCUUCAUCAAAGAGGCCACUUUCAAAGAAGAAAAGGCCAAAGGUGGAGAUCGAAUAUGAAUAUGAUGAACAUGAAAGUACAGAAGUCGCCUAAUAUUAAAAAUAUAUUUUAAUUAAAUUUUUA